AUGGCGCGUACUCCGGAUGAAAGACCGGUCAUUGAGGUCCCCGAAGCGGAGAUAUUCCCAUGUUUGACCGGCAAGGUUGCCAUCAUCACAGGUGGAGGUAAUGGCAUGGGCAAAGCAACAGCGAAGGUCUUUGCGAGAGCUGGUGCAAAAGUGGUCGUGGCAGACGUCAACGAGAGUGCUGGGCAACAAGUGGUGGAGGAAAUUCAACAAGCGGGAGGAAUAUCAUUGUUCGUGAAGACCGAUGUUUCCAAGUCAUAUGAAGUCCAAAAUCUGGUGGCAAAGACUGUGGAGGCAUUUGGAAAGCUGGAUAUUGCGGUUAACAAUGCUGCUCUGACGCCCGACAAGUCCCCUUGUGUGGGCUUUGAUGAGGCGUAUUUCGACAGGGUCAUCGCUGUCAACCUGAAAGGUCCAGCUCUAUGCGUGAAGUGGCAAUUGCAGCAGAUGGUCAAGCAGGGGCAAGGAGGUUCUAUCAUCAACAUCGCAUCAAUCAAUGCCUAUAAACCACAGUAUAACAUGCCCGCUUACACGAUGUCAAAACACGCAGUGGUGGGUCUCACCAAGAGCGCAGCGCUCGAGAAUGGGGUCCAUGGCAUUCGUGUAAACACAAUUGCGCCAGGUGCGGUGCUAACAGAAAUGUCGGCGACUUCACUGAAGUCUAUUGGCAAAUCUCACGAGGAUUUCGUGGACAUAGCCUACCUCAAGCGUUGGGCGGCACCCCACGAGGUCGCGCAGGGCUCAUUAUGGCUCGCGUCAGAUGCGGCAUCAUAUGUCACAGGCAUCACUCUCCCAGUAUGUGGAGGGUAUUCCACAUCCUAG